UUGGCGAUCUGUGCGGCCAACAAGAUUUUUUCUUCUAAAUUUUCUCUUUUUUGUGUUCUAAAUUUUCUGUCCAAAUACAAUUCAUUGAUUCAAAGAUUUUUUUUUCUUUUCUUUUUUUAUCGUGAAGAACAUUAUUUUGAAGGACCCAGAAGACUGCUGAAGGAAGAAACGUAAAAAAGAUGGAUACUUUGUGUUUGAAUACGGGCAUACACGGCGUCGUUCCACCAAUCAUGGCGGCUGGCGGCGGCGGCGGAGUGGUCGAGAUCCGAGCGAGCGCCGUCGGGCAAUCUACAACGGAUAAACCGGCGGCACAGUCGCAAAAAAGAGGGCCAUUUGGGUUCUCGUUCAAGUACCCAUUGACGCCUUUCUGGUCCGGAGGAGGAGCCAAGCCUCGGCGACGGAGCGGGCUGGCUGUCGAUGGCGCCGUUUUACUGGAUUCCGGAGAUUCGAGGAGGCCUAUCGUGGAGGAGGAGGGAGAUAGCGACUCGUCGGUGGAGCCAGAAGGGCAAAACGGGAAUUGGGUUUUGAAGAUCCUGCACGUCAAUUCUACGUGGAGGGACGACGAGAAGAAGAACAACGGCGACGAGGUAGAGGAGGAGGAAGAACAAGAAGAGGGAGUAGACGACGCCGUAUCGUGCGUUGAUGAUGGUGAUGGAUGCGAUGUAUGUUCAAUUGAUGAUGAUGAUGAUGACGAUAAAGAGAAGAAAUUUCAGUUUGAUAGAGAAUCGUUUUCGAGAUUGCUGAAGAGGGUUUCGUUAAACGAAGCGAAACUCUAUGCCCAGUUGUCGUAUUUGGGUAGCUUGGCUUAUUCAGUAUCGAAAAUCAAGCCGGCGAAUCUCUUGAAGUAUCACGGCCUGAGAUUUGUAACUUCCUCGGCUGAGAAAAUGGAGGUUUCAGCUGAGACCCAACAAGACAAGACCGCGCCACGGGAGGAAUUAGCUGAAUCCAAAGAACAAGACAACACAGGUUACAGAAUCAAUGUUGCUGCUGCAGCAUCGUACUUGAAGCUUCAGACAGAGGGCAUUCUCCCUUUCAAAUCUUCAGACAGAAAGAGUUCAACCCUGAACAGUGAAAAUGCUCUAAGAUUCGGAAAUAUGGAUAUGCUGGAUCAUGAUGUUGCUUCUCUAAUGACCACAACCAACUCAGUGACUGCCGUUGUGGCUGCCGAGGAAGACGUGAAACAGGCAGUUGCAGAUGAUUUGAAAUCAACCCAUUCGUCGCCCUGUGACUGGUUUAUAUGCGACGAUGAUCACAGUCACACGAGAUUCUUUGUGAUUCAGGGUUCUGAAUCAUUUGCCUCGUGGCAAGCAAACUUGUUGUUUGAGCCUAUCGAGUUCGAGGGGUUUGACAUCCUCGUUCACAGAGGCAUAUAUGAGGCUGCAAAAGGGAUGUAUGAGCAAAUGCUACCUGAAGUCCGAGCUCAUUUCAAAUCCCAUGGAAACCUUUCUAAAUUCCGUUUCACCGGCCAUUCUUUGGGCGGAAGCUUGUCACUUUUACUGAACCUCAUGUUGCUGAUUCGAGGAGAAGUACCACCGGCUUCCCUACUUCCCGUUAUAACGUUUGGUGCACCGUUCAUAAUGUGUGGAGGUGAUCGUCUUCUCAGUAAACUCGGAUUGCCUAAGAGCUACGUUCAGGCUAUCACGAUGCACCGAGACAUUGUUCCGAGGGCGUUUUCUUGUCGUUAUCCAGAACAUGUCACCAAGUUCCUGAAAGCCGUCAAUGUAAACUUCCGGAAUCUUCCUUGUCUUAACAAGCAGAGCGUGUUGUAUGUUCCCAUGGGCGAGCUCUUGAUUCUACAACCUGACGAGAAGUUCUCUCCUGGACACGAUCUCCUUCCUUUCGGAAGCGGUCUAUAUGUCCUAAAGGGCGAGAUUUCAGACAUUGAAGCUGCCGAAAAACAGCUAAGAUCCGCGCAGACGAUCUUCCUGGACUCUCCACACCCUUUGGAGAUCCUCAGUGACAGAUCCGCAUACGGGUCGGGAGGAACCAUUCAACGUGACCACGACAUGAACUCUUACCUCAAAUCCGUGAGGAGUGUCAUAAGGAAAGAAGUGAACCGUGUAAGGAAGGCGAAGAGGGAGCAGAGGCGCAGUCUCUGGUGGCCAAUCAUGGUGACUCGGGACCGAGUGAACUCAGGGAUGGGUCAGCCAAUGAACGGUCAGGAUUUCUCCGGAAUGUUGAAGUCCGGGAGAGAAUCGGUGAGACGGUUCAGUAGACUCGUGGCGUCUCAACAUAUGCAUUUGAUCGUCGUCCUCUUGUUUCCCGUUAAGCUGAUGUUUCUCGGAGCAGACUGACGUGUUUUAGUUAACCGGGCGGGUAUUCAUCGUGAUUACCGGUUCAGACCGGGCGGUAUGACCGGUUUAGCUGAUUCUUUAUUCAUAUCAUUGCUCGCGAUUAGAAACAUUGCUUAGACAAAAAAAAAACAAAUUAUAUAAGUAUCAAAUACUCUCAAUUAUUGGCGAUACAUUAUAUUUGUCAUUAAAGUGUAAUAAUGGUUGUUGAAGUUGAUGUUAAAAGAUAUUUUUAUGUC